AUGAAGAAGAAUCGCCAGGAUGAAGAGACAUCUGAGACAUCUGAGGCUUUUAUCAAUGGAUCUCCAACAUUGGACUCACUAAUCAAGGAUCCGAAUGCUGAUGCAACAUGGACCAAGCUGAAACUCGAUGCCACAUUUUCUACAGUCACAACCUUUAACAUCGUCAGAAUGGAUGGUUGCUCUUUUCUCUCUCCACAGGCAAUGGAACCCUCAUCUGGUGGUCAUCGGAAGUACGCCAACCCCAACUGCAGACGCCCAGAAGAUUCAAACUCAGAGCCCUAA